AUGUCUCCUCCGUCGAUCACCGGAAACCCUCCUCCGCUGAGUUUGAUCACAGGAAACCCUCCUCCGCUCAGUUUGAACACAGGAAACCCUCCUCCGCUCAGUUUGAUCACAGGAAACCCUCCUCCGCUGAGUUUGAACACAGGAAACCCUCCUCCGCUCAGUUUGAUCACAGGAAACCCUCCUCCGCUCAGUUUGAUCACAGGAAACCCUCCUCCCCAGAGUUUGAUCACAGAAAACCCACGUCCGCUGAGUUUGUUCACAGGAAAGCCUCUUCCACUGAGUUCAAUCACUGGAAAGCCGGUGAUCGUAAGGGUUAAACGGAAGGCCUCCCAAUCAAAACUUGACUCCUUCUGGUUGGAGAUUAAUGAAAGGCCACAUAAAAAGGCAUUCUUGGGUCUUGGAAAUCUCUCCAUAUCUGAUUGCGGCACAGGAAAAG